AUGCCAAAGAAUCUACUGAUCCUCGGCGGAUCUGGAAAGAGCGGCGUCCAGAUUGUGAAGCUGGCACUCGAAAGAGGCCACAAGGUCACGGCGUAUGGGCGAAACACGAGCAACUUGAAAGAAGACCACGCCUCGGCCCUCAGUGACGGCUCGUUGACGCUCAUCGAGAGCGAAAUCACAUCUCUCCGCGAGAAGCUUUCACCCAUCCUUGGGCAGUUCGAUGCCAUCAUCUCGGUCCUUGGACCCAACAGCUUGAGCUACACAGGGACUGAGAUUGCCCAACUCUACGAAUGGUUGCUGAGCGAGUUGCGCCAGCUGCCGGCGGGCCAGCGUCCAUACCUGCUAUUGACGUCGACCCAGUCGAUCGUCGACCCUGAAGACGGCUUCGACCUGUUCACCAAGAUCCACAUCUUCUUCAUCAUGACCAUCGCGCCGGGGGCCCGCCGCGAGACGCUGGCGAUCAAAGACGUCUUCCUCAAGGAGGCCAAGUCGCAGCAGGACGACGUGGACUGGACGGUGGGCCGGCUCAAUCUGCUGAAGGAUUCCGGCUUGCCCAUCGAGGGCGGCAAGGCCGGUUACGUUGCAAAGAAUGGGUGGAUCUCGACCAUGGACCGGGCUCAACUGGCCUACUGGUUGAUACGGGAGGCAGAGAAGGAGCCUGCGGAGAGGGAGUGGGUGAGGAAGAUGCCUGCCCUCUGGGGUGACAAUGUGGUCUGA